AUGCAUCCCAAGCUUUCUUCUGCCGUUGCGGGCCUUUUGCCUGCAAUGCUAGCUUUGGCAGCUCCAGCUCCUCAGAUUCAAUCUAUCGGGGAGAACACUGGACCUGUUGCGGGUGUCACUCCUCCGGUUCCUACCGUGACUGCCCCCGUCGGAAACCUUUACGGAAGCACCGGACUUCAGGGUGGCGUUGCUCCCAUUCCUGACACCAGCAAGGGAAGUGCCGUGGUGAAGGACUUCAAGGAGGUGAACGGCCAGGAUGCAGAUGCCAGCCUUGGUGUGUAUCUCGACUUUGACAGCGUCGAUGAGCCGCAGCCCAUUCGCGGUGAAUUCGGUGGCACUGAUGCCGGCCCUCGCACCUUCGAGUACGAGAAGUUGAACCCGGAUCUGUUUGCAGCUCCCGGCACAGAUUCUGGUGCCGUUCCCAACGCGGUCUGGCCCCUCGGCCUGUCCCACAACCGGCCUGGUGCCUCUGGCAGGGCUGGCUGGGCCCGUCAGCAGAACACUGCUGUGCUUCCCAACGCAAAGGCCAUGGCUGGUGUCGACAUGAAGCUCGAGCCCAACGCCUACCGUGAGCUUCACUGGCACACUGCCGGCGAAUGGGCCUUGAUGCUCAAGGGCUGCGUCCGAGUUGCGGCUAUUAACGACGAGUCCCAGAACUUCGUCGACGAUCUUUGCGAGGGUGAUGUUUGGUUCUUCCCCGCUGGUGUCCCUCACUCUAUCCAGGCAUUCGAGAACGGUGCCGAGUUCUUGCUUGUCUUCGACCAGGGCGACUUUGACGAGAACGGAACUUUCCUCAUUACUGAAAUGUUUGCUCGCACCCCUCGCUCCGUCCUGUCCAAGAACUUCCGCGCCCCUGUCGACACCUUCAAGAACUUGCCCAGCAACCAGCUCUACAUCUUCAACGGAACUCCCCAGCCCAAGGACAUUAGCAAGCAGAACACAACCGCCCCUGGAGGCUUCCUCAGCGGCCCCAACGGCUACACAUACCACUGGUCUCAGCAGAAGGCGUACGAGGUACCUGGUGGCUCCGUCAAGAUCCUGGAUCCCACGACCUUCCCCAUCGCCGCCAAAUUCUCCGCUGCUCUUGUCACUAUUCAGCCAGGCGCCAUGCGAGAACUCCACUGGCACACGACCUCAGACGAGUGGGACUACUUCCUCCAGGGCUCUGGACGCGCUACACUCUACGCUGCCCCGAGCGCUGCCAACACCUUCGACUUUACUGCUGGUGACGUUGGCUACAUCCCUCAGGCUGAUGCCCACUACAUCGAGAACACUGGCACUGAGGACCUCAUCUUCCUGGAGGUCCUGCAGGCUACCAAGUUCUCUGACAUCUCUGUUGCUCAGUGGCUUGCUUUGACGCCCGAGCAGACUGUCAUUGACCACUUGAACAUCUCUGCUGAAGUCCUUGAGGCUCUCCCCAAGGAGAAGACCAUCAUCAAGACUGGCAACACCAACCUCACAGAGAUUAUCGAGACCGGCAAGGCGUACUAA